AGGGCCCGCAUGUUUUUCGGGGCUAAAGCCCGCAUGAUCAGAAGGGCAACCUUGUUGACUGUUUCUCUCCCCUAAAGCCGGACGCAUUGCGUUGUGCCAGCAUAACCAUUGGCAAAUCGAAUCAGCAAACGCGUACGGCCGUUCCAUCCGAAUAGUUUUGCGCCGUGAUCGUGAGCGGACGUGUGUGCGAGGGACGCGAAGAGCGCUGCAGCCAGGGAAGCCGAAGGGAGGCGCAGGAAGCGGGCUUUCAGAGCACCGGAUGCCGGUGGCCGAACGUUUCUCGAGUUUUCUCUUUUUUCCCGCGCUGCCCUGCUGUCGGGGAUUGGCCGGAUAGUCCGAAAGUGUUGUCGGCCUCGCGCUAGAAAAAUGUACCGUGCGGAAGUCGUUGUUGCACGUCGGAAACGAUGGUACAGUGCCCGCAACGCUGUUUUAGUUGUCGCGGCUUGGCUGCGGGUCGACGCCUAGGCCCAGUUUCGCAAAACUUGUGCGUGCAGUCAGUACCUGCGCAAUUCGUCACCCGUGCGCCAUCGCAGACUUUGCUGUUGUCUAAGUGACUGACACUCGUCGAGCGCGGAGCGAAACGGCCGCCAGUGAGAGAUUCCAGGAGCAAAAACGGCCAUUCCUGGUUCCGGACCAAAGCCGCAUCAGUGACUAUUCUUGGCCGUUGCCGACGUGGUCUUUAACCGCAGUUUGGUGAGGGUUGGGCGACUUGGUGUCACAGUCGUCGCCUCCGGGACAGCGCAAGCAUGCUGUGUGCGACAAAGCUUGUGACCUGCGCUGCCGUUUGCAUCUGGGGCCUCCAGCCGUCUGCAUUGCUGUCUGCUGCGCCGACUGAUGUGGCCUACCAGGUCGAGUGGCCCCGCAAGGUUCCAGCGACUACGGUCGAGCUGCCACCCGACUUCCCCGCGGGCUGGCCCUUUUACACGCUGCGCGCUGUCGUCGUGCCUCUGGCGCUGCUCACGGGAGGGUUGGAGGCCUCCCCUGGGCUGGCCGGCGCUCUGCCGCCUCUGCGCUACAAUCUCGUUUCCGCCAAGCCCCUGAUUGGACCCAGGCUACACCAAUCACACCAGUCAGCACCCUUCGCUGUUGAUGCCGUCACCGGGGACGUCACGUUGACUGACGCCUUGCGUCCGAACGCUCGACCAGACAGCCGGCCAGCGGAGUGGAGCCUUGUCGUCGAAGCUCGAGUGAACGACGCCAAUGGAAUCGCGAACGGCAGCCGGGCACAACUCCUCGUCAGGCUGCUGUCGGAAGAACAACGAUCCAAGGCGUGCACGUCCAGGCGAAAGAUUUGCUUCGGCUUUGAAGACGGCCUCCGAUUCGAAUACUCGAUCCAUGAAAUCGCCAGUGCCGGUACUGUGCUCGACCUCGUUAGGCCGCCAGCCACGCGAGCCCUCUGCCCGGACUUGGAACCGACGUACGUCGUCCGCCAAGACGCUGACAAAUGGCUGGCCUUCGAUGCAAGUUCCGGCCAGCUUCGCUUGACGCGGUCCGUCUUGUGGAGCGAGUCGCCGGCCUCGGCGAGCUCCGUGGUGAUGGCCAGGCUUGAGUGCUCACUUCCCGGGCAACCAAACGAGACAGCCAAGGUGUCACUUGAAGUUGAGGACUUGGAUGACCAGCCACCCAGGGCACAGAGGAACAGCAACCUUCUAUGCCGAACGUCAGUUCGAAGUCUCCACAAGGGUGACAUACUCGGCUGCACGAUAUCAGUGCUUGACGAAGAUUCAAAGGACGCCAACAAUUUAAAAGUUCGGCUGGAAAAAGAUACUCGAAACCUGUUCGAGCUUGCUGAUACACCGUUUCAGACUUUCAUUAGAGACAAGAAGAUGACAUUCCUUGACGCAAAGAUCGCUGUUCGGAGCACUGGUGCCUGGUUUCCGGGAGACAAGUACAGCUUCAUGGUCAUCGUGGAGGACGCCGGUCUUGUGCGCGGUGACCUGCCUGCCGAGGUGACAUUCCAGAUCGAGGUGUCCAACAGCAGCACGCUCAGGACCCCGCUGACGCUUAAAGACACAUACAACGUUUCGCUAUCAAGAAACGCAACGACGUUUGCAAGGGUCCUUUCGUCGAUGACUGCGCCGGCGUCCAACCACCGCUUUCGGCUCAUGUUGGACGAUGGUGACGCGGUGGCCGCAGCUGCGCACGCGUGGCUCGCAGUCACUCCGUGCACCGGCAUCCUGUACGUGUCAGAUGCGCAGCGGCUGCGCGAAUUCAACGCCUCCGAGACGAGUGUGCUGCUCGAGGCCUCGUGGGAGGAAAAGGAGGAGAGUGGCCUCGCCCGGAGGCACCUUUACCGCGUCGAAGUGCACAUCCAGGAGACCGAAGGGAAGUUUGCUGCGUGUUCGCUGCAACACGCGUCAAACCUCCCUGACCGGCUGCUUUCUGCAGCUGCCGGCAGGCAGCGACACAAUUUUAUGUUUGCGACUUCCGAUGAAAAGUUCCUUUUUCCCCUUUAUUUCCCCCUCUUUUUUUCCACAAUAAUCAAGUUCCUAUGUGCGUUGGACCGCGUGCCUGGUAACCCGCGCUGUUGUUCUUAUGCAGAGGGGCGCCUGUGCGGUCAGCAACUGAGCGAGACCCAGUGCUUGGCGUCCUGUGGUCCAGGCACGGUGGACGGCCGCUGCCGCUGGCGCCAUGGCUCUAAUGGGCGCCACCUCACUACACGUUACAGCACCUGCACUGGGGAUCCAGAGAGUUGUCCCGAUGGCAUCUGCGACGAGCUGGAGCUUAUGCAGCCCUCGCUAUGUCCACAGGAUUGUGCAGAGCACGUGGUCGGCGAGGCUGUGGCAGGGCCGUCCGGCAAAGGAAUCGAGAAGGCCAUGGGUAUUUGUUCGUGUGCCUCGGCCGAAAGUUGCACCUGCACCAAACUUCCCGCCCGUCCUGACAGCCGCGACAGUGUGCUUGUCGCCCACCCAUGGCCGCCAAGUGCUCAUGAAGACAGACAGCGCUCAUUUGGCCACCAGCCUGCAAUUACCGACCUUGGGCGGCGGCCAGAGCCUGGUGGUUCGGUGGCACCUGCUGGGGCCGCAGCGUCCUGUGGUGCUGGUUGUGUGGCGUCAUUGUGCCUGGCUAGCCUGCUGGUAUCAGCCCUUGCAGUGGCUGCAUUGGUGGUGCUCGUACGAAGGCGGCGUGUGGCCGCCAAGCACAAGUACCUGGGCUCGAGAGCUUCACUGUCAGUGCCCUCAGACUACAUCGACAGCCGCAGCGCCACUUCGCCUGCUGCACCUGAUGCCGCUGUGCAGGCCUCUACACCACACACUGAUUCCGCAGCUGGAUCACCGUUUUCCAAGCUGCAGGUGGAUGAGCAGUGGGAGUAUCCCAGGGAGAACCUCAUCUUGGAGCAAAGUCUGGGCGAAGGAGAAUUUGGCCGUGUGGUGCGAGCUCGUGCCCGUGACAUCGGCGGUGUGCGAGGCUUCACCACGGUGGCGGUCAAGAUGCUCAAAGGCAAUUGGACACCAGCUGAGGAACAAGAUUUGCUAUCAGAAUUUUGUAUGCUCAAGGAAGUCAACCAUCCCAACGUGAUACGUCUUCUGGGGGGCUGCACCACGAAAGGUGGACCGCUUUAUGUAAUCGUAGAGUAUGCCGAGCUUGGCUCUCUGCUAAAUGUACUGCGGCAUAGUCGGCACAUGGCAGUAGGGGGUGCAGACGUGACAGUUGUAUGCAACCCAACGUACAUGGCUCAAGAGCCAGCUCUGAGGAACCCAGAAGAGAAUGCCGAAGAUCCUGCCGAGCCUGAAGUGCCCAGCUUUAGCGAUCUGAUUUCUUUCGCUUAUCAGAUAGCAAAAGGGAUGGCAUACCUGGCUGACAUGAAGCUCGUGCACAGGGACUUGGCGGCACGAAAUAUCCUUUUGGCUGAAGGAAAUGUUAUUAAGAUCUCUGACUUUGGCCUAAGCCGGGACGUCUAUGAGGGUGACACAUACCUCAAGAAGAGUAGGGGGAGGGUGCCUGUAAAAUGGAUGGCUUUGGAAUCACUGGAGGAUCAGAUAUACACCAGCAAGAGUGAUGUGUGGUCCUUUGGUGUUGUGCUUUGGGAAAUCGUCACACUAGGUGCUUCACCAUACCCGGGUGUGGGUCCCGAGCAUUUGUUCCGUCUUCUCAAGACCGGGUACAGAAUGCAUCAACCCGAAGGCUGUUCUGAUGAAAUAUAUCGUAUGAUGCUCAGUUGUUGGCAGCCCAGACCACAGGACCGGCCUUGUUUUAAGGAACUUAGGCAAAGAUUAGAAGAUAUACUGCAGGACUCUGCAUCUUACCUGGAACUCGGUGGCGUGCAGAAUCGUUCUUAUUAUAAUCUCAACGGUGGAGUACCUUCGAUGAAGCCCCUUCUUGAGGACCAUUCAGAUGACGGCGAAGGCAGCGAAGCUCCCGAGUAUGGCUGCAUGGAAUUCGAGCGCCGAGGGUCAUUCUCUGAGGUCGGUGUGUCAGAGGAUAGCAAUGUCCACUUGCUGACCAAAAAGAAUGGCCUCCUAGUCGACUCUCCAGUUGCUUGCUGGUUAGCGCGGCCUGAGGUUCUGACACGGGAUGGUUCCAGCAUCGAACGGCCCAAGCAACUCCUCUAGUCACCACAUGGCACACCUCGGUGGUUCAAGGUGUCCACUCCUCAGUGGGAUCCAGCUAGAUAACCAAAGGGCCUCUGGCCUACUCAGUGUCAGAAAUGGCUGUUGUAGCCAUAGAGUUUCUCACUAUAUUACCUAGAGGGAAAACUGGCGCUGCUGCGCUGUGGUAUCCAUGGGAAUGCCGGUAUAUUGUGACUUCGGAUUGGCAUCGUUCUUGGAGAGCCAGAACACCUUGAAGACGCGCCUGGCUAGCACCGUUCCGUCUGUCACAAUGAUUCAUUUUCUACUAAAACAGCACGUAAAAAACUGCUUUAGCUUUAUUAUUACACAAAAACAUGUUUUGUUUAAUUUUGAGGACUUACUAUUGGAUGCACAAUUAUAUGAAACGUAAAAAGUAAGAGCUGGCCGCUAAAGUUGGAGGGAAAAUGACAAGAUUAUCGAUCGCUUUGGAACAACUUGUCUGUUCUUGCUUUUCUGAGCUUGAUUCUGCAUCGUAGGUGAGUAAACUUUAUUGAGAGAUGUAAUAUGGGUGAAUGAAAGCCUUUUAUGUCAAUUUUACUUUAAGAAUGCAUUAUUUGUGUAGCCAUAUUCAUGUUUUAGACGAAGCCUCGUUCAACAUCAGUCAACACAAGCCUCGCAGACACAUGUCCCGUCAUUCCCAUGAGGGCACGGCGCCCUUUAAGAAACUCGCAUAGACGGUGGUGCCAGUUUACCCUCUAGGUGUUAUAGUGAGAACUCUAUGGUUGUAGCAUGGCCACUGCUUCGUGACACUUCUGCUCACCUGGCAGCAAAGACUGAACUGUUAUGGCUGCUUUGUGUACUGGGGCCAUAUCGCCAACAUUCCUCAGUGUGUUGCGUUUUUGUGUCAAAAAUGGCUUACGAGGAAAGAAAGAAACUGCAUUGUAAAUGUCGCUCAUAUACUUACUAUCACUGUGCAUUGCAUGUCUUUUUUCUUUCUUUACUUUCACCAUGGCAUUUAUCAUAGGCCAUAAGGCACUUCACACUGAGCAGGUAAUUAUUUUUCUAUUCAUUGGUACAGUGGAAUUUAGUUAUAAUGAAGUUGCAUCUGACUUGAAAAUAUUCUUGUUAUAUCCGAUAUUUGUUAUAAGCAUAUAUCUGUUACAUGCUGUUAUUUGUGAUAAGUAUAUAUCCGUUACAUACUGAUAUCAGGAAAAAAAUUUGAUUUACUUCGUUAAAUCUGAUAUUUCAUUAUAUAUCUAUGUUUGUUAAAUUGAGGUUCGACUAUAAUAGCAAUGUUAAAUUGAGGCUCGAUUAUAAUAGCAACUAAUUUUUCCUUAUUCUUUAAUUUGACCUUAGGUUGGCUUCUUAUAUUUGACGACAGAUGUUUUUCUAUGUGAAAGCCAAGUCCUUCUGUUUCUAGUUGCCUUUGGCUGACUAGUGGCAAAGACACCAGAGGCUGGUAGCAUUCGCUGAAUAGCUUCAUAGAGUGGCAAAACUUAUCACUUCCUUUGCUUGGCAAGGGAAUGAUAAUAAAUCAUGUACUGUAACACUGUCCGAGUAAAUAUUUCAACUACUGGCCCUGUAGCCAUAGUAGCCGGUGUUUCCAGUGCUAAAGAAAGAGUGCUUUUUUAAUUCUGAGUCUCACUACUGAUUAUCUUUUAACAAACAGCAAUACUUGCUCAGGCACCAGUGUAGCACAUAUAUGUUUUGCAUUUGUGCUAAAGAAGGAAAUAUUUUGCAGUCUGCAUGAAAGACAAUUUCCGAAAAAUUUUGGUAAACGGAGAGCUUUUUCUAAAUUUAAAAUAUUAAUUUCCAUGGUUGAUGACAAUGGUUGAUUAACUUGAUGACAGGAACUUUCUCAUUUUCUUUAUGGUGA